UGUGCGGCUGUCCCGUUGCCAUGGUGAAGAAUACUGAAACAAGUGUUGAUAGCGCAGCGUCAUCAGUCUGCGUGAACAAAAUCCUCAACAGAUAAACAAGACGGUAUAAAAGUUUGCAGCUUCAGAUGUGUGAGGGACCUUCAUCAAUAUCUGGGCCAAUUCCCCCGGAUCCUUCUUUGUUUCCCCAGUACUACAAACGACCUGCUUCAGCACGUGGCCGUUUAGAGGGAAACCAUGAUGGGACUUUGGCCCUGCUCUCAGGGCCACUCGCUCCAGAUCCUGUGUUGUACCCUGGCUGCUACAGUGUUCGUACCCCAGCACAUCCUCCCCGCAUCGGCCCCAGUGCCACCCAUAUUCUGGAACGAGGACAGAGAGGGGUAGUAGGGGAACUACUCAAACUAGACAGUGUCUCUAUCACCCCUGUUCUCAAACCUAAACAGCGGGUCCAUGACUUUGGUAAAGAGAAUGUGCGUCGGCUCAGGGAGAUCCAGAGACGCUGUAAAGAGCAGGAGGCUGAGAGAUCACAGUCUCGUCCAGUUCCAGUCAAAGCUCUUUGGACCUCCUCCAAAUACCAGAACAUCCCAUCCAGGGUGAUGGUCCAGCUACAGGUUUCUACUCCAGCUCCUAAACCACAGUGUCAAAACUUUCUGAAGGCCCACUCUACUACCCCACAAAGACCACAUGCCAGAACCUCUCCUGUAACUUUGCAACGCCCGGCCUCCUGCAACUCUAUACAGGAUCAAAACUUGCAAUUACAGGUGCAAGGCCGAACGAUAGACUUCAUAAAACACAAUGCCCGAUCUGCAGGAAAAACUUCGCUGCGUAGGUCACAGUCACUGACAAACCUUAGAGAGAAGCCCAUCCCCAGUGCAGUCAAGGGACAGGUGCCUCAGUAUCUUGAGGAAAGGAAGGAGCAGUGGCAGAGAGAGGAGGAGGAAAGGAAGAGAAACGCACCUGAUCCUACAGCCCCAGCUGGUCACACCCUGAUGCCUGAGAGUGAGAGACAGGAGACCCUGAAGUCCCUCCAAGAGACCCAUCGCUCCUUGGUCAGUGAGCUGCUGUCUCUCCCUCUCAAAGCUGACAAUCUGAGUGUUCGUUCACGCCGGGCUCAUCUUGAUUGUAGACUUUCUGAAAUCGAGGAGGCAAUUAAAAUAUUCUCCAGGGACAAAGUUUAUGUAAAAAUAGACUCCUAACACAAGAGGAGGAUGAAG